AUGCAAUCCCUUUUUUACGAUACAAUUCCCAUAAUUCCCCUUUUUCACGUUCAUAUAGGCACCCCCAUGAGCGAUCAAACAUACAUAAACCAACAAUGGCUUGAAACAAACCCUUUAACCACGGAAACUGUGCUCACCUACUUCGCUCUCUCUCCGUUCUACGAUCGCUCGUCCCUCAACGAAAUCUUAAAGAUGCAAACACAAUUCACCAACUUUCUUGAUUUCAGCAAGAAAUUAACCGAGCUCAACGGCGUAAAAUACCUCGUUGACCAAAGAAACGAUGUUUUUUUCAUAUACAAGAUACACAAACAGAAGGAUAACGAGGAUCUGCUCGAUUUUUAUUACGUGCUCUUCGGGACAAUCUAUAAGGGGGCAACGACCAACGGCAUUUUCAGGACACGCGUGUUCAACCUCCUGUUUUUUAUCAAUGAAAGUUUGCCAAAGUAUUUGAAACGAAGGAGGUUUAGUGCGGUUGAAGGCUUCAAAAUGAAAAGUGAUGAGGAAAUCGGUGCGAAAGAGAGUGAGGAGACAGUUGAGGACAAGGAGAUUGCUGAACAUGUUAUAAGAGACAUUUACACUGGUUGAAUCAGCAGAUAUGGCCUGUUGAUCAUAUCUCAGUUUC